AUGAAGAAAGUAAUAGGAAUGGUGGUUUCAAAUAAGAUGCAGAUAUCUGUUGUGGUAGCAGUUGAUAGAUUAUUUCACCACAAAGUGUUUAACCGAUAUGUCAAACGUACCUCUAAGUUUAUGGAUCAUGAUGAGAACAAUCUUUGUAACAUCACUGACCGGAUUAGUAUUGUUCGGCUGGAUUCUUCUAGGACUUUGAGCAAGCGUAAAAAUUGGGUGGUUGCUGAAAUUAUUAAGAAAGCACACAUAUAUGUUAUGUCCUCCGCAACGGCCGCUAUAUCUUCGUCAUCAUCAUUGUCGUCGUCAGAAUCACCAAAUGAUUCAUCAAAACACUCAACAGAAGAUCGCAUUGUGGACUUGUUAGGGGAGAUUCAUGAUGGAGUUGAAAACUAUUCAAAUGAGUUUGUUCAAUUUGGCUAG